UUCGCGCUACCCACGGACAGGCAGAUUCAAGAAAUGAGAUACGACGAAGAGGUGGAACGAACGGUCUCUGAAAACGGACAGAAACUUCAAGGAAAGGAGGAUCGCCCCGAAGACCGUGCCGCGGCGAGAUGCUGUCGCCCCGUUGAACGAUCGCCACCGUACUGAGAUCACAAACAGAAAGUAAAAAUGUUACCGACGAGCCCGAGCAAAAAAAAAUCGUGCAUCUGCAAGCUGAAAUCUCGAAUUGUUGUCGUUGCCAAAUAAGUCGUGUAGACCGCGAUCCUGCGGCCCCGGAACAUGGCUUCGUCCACGAAGAGGUCAUGGAAACUCCAGGAUUUUGUUGCCCACACGUCCAAUGUCAAUUGCCUGGCAUUGGGUCACAAAUCUGGACGCGUUUUGGUUACUGGUGGUGAUGACAAGAAAGUGAACCUAUGGGCUGUUGGGAAGCAGAAUUGUAUUAUGAGCCUGAGUGGUCAUACUACUCCAAUAGAAUGUGUAAGAUUUGGACAAACAGAGGACUUAGUAUGCGCUGGCUCGCAAACAGGAGCACUGAAAAUUUGGGAUUUGGAGCAUGCUAAAUUGGCCAGAACAUUAACAGGACACAAAGCAGGCAUACGUUGUAUGGACUUUCAUCCUUAUGGAGAGUUGUUGGCUUCUGGUAGCUUGGACACUGCGAUUAAAUUGUGGGAUAUCAGGAGGAAAGGCUGUAUCUUCACAUACAAAGGGCACAAUAGGAUGGUGAACAGUCUAAAAUUCAGUCCUGAUGGUCAGUGGAUUGCUAGUGCAGGAGAGGAAGGAAUGGUUAAGUUGUGGGAUUUAAGAGCUGGUAGACAGCUUAGAGAAUUCACAGAACAUAGAGGCCCAGCAACAACAGUAGAAUUUCAUCCCCAUGAAUUCUUAUUAGCUAGUGGCAGUGCAGAUAGAACAGUUCACUUUUGGGACUUGGAAUCAUUUCAGCUUGUAUCAUCUACAGAUCAAAGUCACUCAACAGCUAUUCGGUGCCUCUAUUUCAGUCAAGGUGGAGAAUGUCUUUUUGCUGGCUGCCAUGAUGUGUUAAAAGUCUAUGGUUGGGAACCGGGUCGAACGUUAGACUCAGUUCCGACUGGUUGGACGAAAGUACAGGAUAUAGCUGUAGCCCAGAACCAGUUGAUUGGUGCCAGCUUACAUACUGCCAACAUCGUGUUAUAUGUAUGUGAUUUAAAAAAAAUUGCUCCAUUGGGCGGAGUAUCGACGUCUGAUUCGCCGUUCAGUCAUGGGAAUUCUUUGAGGAAAAGCUUCUCGAGGGAACGACCGCCUGGACUAAAGAAACAUACAUUAGAUGUACGAACUAUAGAAGAGGCAGAUAAGUCUGGAACCGAUCCAGAAGAUGAGGCAACGUAUGCGGACAUACCCAAUGUCACCGAGUAUCACGACGUUUUUCAACCAAACAGAUCACUGUCUCGCACUCCACCUCCAGAACCUGAGGCUUUCCAGGAGCCUCAAGAUAUAGAUCCCACGCAGCCACAGAUAUUACAAAAUCUUUCUACCUCAAUGUCAAAUCUAAAUACGGCGGAGCCAGAGGAAGUUCCACCAGUGUCAUCACCCUUAUCUCCACCACCGCCCGCACCAACGUUAUCGUUAACUAAGUCAGUACCAGUGCGUGUUCAGCCAAUCAAAUCGUCGCCGCCUGUUCAGAGGAACGCAGUGACAACAACGAGUCAAGCUAAGAACCUACAAACGAAUAAUGGCCUUAACAGAGCGUCAAAGAAUUUGGCAUCUAUACCUCCCCUCAGGCAGAGCAUUACUCCUCUUCCCGGUAAAAAGAUUGGCACCAGUAGUGAUAUAGGCACGCUUCCACAACCAUUGGGCCCUCAAAGGUCGAAUUCGACACUGACACCGCGGGUGGCGCCAAUGGCUGCCGUUCUUCCAGUGAUGGACGAUGGAAAGUUGAAGAACAGAGCACCUAGCCCGGAUUCUCCUAAGCAUUACUUAAAGCGACAGAGUAGCUGUAGGGACGGAGAACAGGGUUACGAAAGCGAUUAUCCGGUACAAAUUAAUAGUAUAAGGCAUAGCCCCUCCGAUCCAGCGUUAAACAGGCCGAACUCAGCGCAGUCCAGGUCCACCUCGCUAAACAGAAACUUUACUACCUCAUCGUCGCUGUCUGCACGCAACGCUUCCACUACCACCACGUCGUUCGCGACAAAGAAAUCCAUCAAAGCUCAAGUGCCUCCGAAUCCUAAGGUAGACGUCCGAGCGUCUCAAUUGAGGCCGAGCGUCGAGACAACGGAAAAGGAAGAAUUCGUCCCUAUGAGCGCGGAUAAACCUUACGGUUUAGACGUCGAAACUUUCCUGCCUAAUCAUUUCGCGGGUUCAACGGCGUUUGGGUAUCCCCAAAUGGGAGUUCUCAACGAAAUGUCCGAGGCUGAAGUGCUUAACAGCAUGAUGCGCGGCCAUGAGUCGAUGAUGGCUGUACUGACGAAUCGUCAUCGGUCGUUGCAAAUCAUUUACUCUCUUAUGCAACACAAGGAUCUUAAGGCUGCGGUCGAGUCCGCUGUAGCGAUGAACGAUCUCUCGGUUAUCGUCGAUUUGUUGGGGAUACUGACUCUAAAACCAGCAAUGUGGAACCUGGAUUUGUGUAACUCUCUACUCGGCCCAAUCGGCGAUCUACUGCAAAGUAAAUACGAAAUGUACAUAAUGGUGGGCGCCGCAGCGUUGAGGUUGAUCCUGCGAAACUUUGCGUCGGUGAUAAAGUCGAACGUGGAGGCGCCUCUGCACACGAUCGGUGUGGACGUGUCGCGGGAGGAACGAUACCACAAGUGCCUCGCCUGCUACGAGAAGCUCCAAACGAUCCGCGGGGUCCUCCUGAAGAAGCACACAAUCCCGGGCAAACUGGGCGCGAUCUUCCGCGAGCUCGCGGUCUUGAUCAGGAGUCUCGAGUGACCACGGUUGAUCUGCUCCGUGCACGCUACCGCCGGACUGGUCGUUGCCUGACAGAUGAUCGGGAAAGAUCAAGGGAGCAACAACAACAGUCGAGCAGCCCCGGAUACGAGGAGGAUCGCCACUCAGCACGACCGAUCGUUCGAGCUGCUGGGCCGCGAACGAUGGCGUCACGGCACGGCACGAGACUCCACCGCGAUUCUUCCUUCGUCCCUCGGCUCUUUUCGACUCCUCGUUACCGGUGGUCGUCGACAACACGCUUGGAGGAGGACCAACCUGGUCGAACCAACCGCGACCACGAUGACGAGAUGUACAGAAAGAUAGAACAAAAAUACACACACACGCGCGCGCGCGCGCGAGAAGAUUUUUUUUUUUUUUUUAGUAUAACGACGACGAUAGAAAGAACUUAUAAAACGAACGCUGUUCACACCGGACAGUUGUCGAUUCGAGCGCCCUUUCAUAAAGGGCCUAGGGCUAUCCCCUCCCGUUCAAGGGACACGAACCGCGAAAAAUUUCCUCGAUCACAGACACAUUCUCUUUUCUUUUCCUUUGUUCUUUUUUCGUUGUUGCUAGAGUUCUAGAACGAUAAGAAAACAUAUUGUAUAUUAUUAUAUAAUAUAUUGCGCUAUAUUAUAUGUAACUACGGCAGAGAUGUGCAUGCUGUUGCACGGAGUGGGGGUAUACGAUCGAGUUCGUUGCACGCGCUUCGACAAAGGGGAAGGGGGAUAUAUGCGGUGUACGAUCGGCGGGGAUGAUCGAUGAAAUUUUUCCACGAAAAUUCUGAUAUGUGUGUUCGUACGGGGAGAACGUUUUUGACCGGUGUUUUAUGACGGCCUUCUUGCCACCGCGGAUGGAUCGCUUCCGACGAGCACGGGGAGAGCACACUUCGACCGCUGCGGGCCCCGAAAACAAAUACAAAAACCCCUGAUCGAGCGGCGAUAUGAUGAUUAUAAUAAAGGACGAAAGUUCAAGUGGAGAGAGGAGAGUAGGUAGAGUGUAACACUUUUUUUUAGAGUAACGGCGAGAAUGAUGAAUGAUAAUGAGAUAACAAAUUGUAUUUUUGCAAGAGCCAUUUGCGUCCGUUCAUUAAUAAAAAGAAAGAGAG